AUGGCCUCUGGCGUCCCCUACACAGCAAAGUCGGCGGCCUAUCCCGCGCCGAGACCUGUGGCUGCUCCGCAGGCGUGGUUUCGAGUGCCCGCAGGCUCUACACCCCUCACCGUCUCUACCCGCCACCUGGGAACAGUGCCUGACUUGGUCGAGCAUUGUUGCUCUUGCAAGCGAAAGCCUAGAAUGAAGAACAGACCCAGAGCCUUGCCUGCCGUGCGCGAGUGUGACUGUCGAAAUAAGAAAACAGACUUCGCUUCAGAGCAGAAUUCUUCAGAGCAGAAUGCUUCAAUGCAUGGUGGCAAGGUCGGCGUGCCCCAGGUGGCCACGGCCCUGCCUCCAGGGGUUCGGGUGGUGCGCACCUCUCAGCCGGCAGUGGUGCCAGCGGGUGCACCAGUCAACCCUGCGUCAGCCUCCAGGCAAGGCAUUGGCCAGACGCGAUCUGUAAGGCCGAACACAGUGGGUGGGCCAGCCUACUCUCAGAGUGCCUAUGAGACCAAGCACGAGAAAGAUGCGCAGCUCCAGAACUUGAAGGAGCUCAGGAAAACGUGCGGGCUCAAGGAGAUUCCGGUCCACGAUGGAUUGCAGGCCUUUAAGAGCGCAGCCACGACGCAGGACAAGGAACAAGAGCAGACGACAAAGCUGACUCGUGAUAAGUUCCUUGGGGCCUAUGCGCAGCUGUUGACUGACCACAAGGUCGAUGUGCCCAAGGAUGAGGUGAAGCACGCGGUCUUCGACCUCUUCGACCGCGACGACAACAACAUCGUAGCCGCUCGGUCUGACUCCCUGAAAAUUAGCCGACAACCUCCAAUGACUCCAGCUGAUGCGUAUCUGUCGGUCAGCAAGGACAGUGUCAAACAUACUUUACAGUGA